AUAAGGCUGGUAGGUACUGGGUUUGCAGCACAGUCUUGGCUCCUACUCGGAGAGAGUUUAGUGACUCCAACAUGGGUAGGUGUAAGGUCACUACAUUGACUUCUCUUUCAUUAACCACUAACGGUGAACCACUAACCCAAAGUCCUGAACAAACAGCCCAAAUAAUUGAGGUGUGCGCCCAUGACAGCGCUGCUCAAAACAAGUAUAAACAACAACAAUAAGAUAUGCCAAAGCCUUUGAUGUACUGGGAAUGGAUCACUGACUGGUACGGAAGAAAACUAGGCCAUCCAGUGUGAUUAAUCCUGUGUCUUAUCACCCCUCAUUGGACACUACCACUGAGCUACAUCCUCUUCCCCAGUCCUCCUCAAGUAAUGGCUUGCUUCUAUGGUGUUGGUGUUGCACAGAAGAUAAUAUUUCAAUUGUUAAUUUUGACUGUGUUGUUUACCUUUCAUAUUGUUCAUUGCACCAUGCUCUUGAUCUGAUUGUAAAGCAAAGUAUGUUUGGGUUUUUUGUUUUUGUUUUUUGGGGGGUUGGUAAGGUGGUGGGGACCAACAGGUUGUUAACACAUUAUAUCACUCACUGACAUUCUAGUACCAGUACAUGUUUCACAUCCAUAAUUCUUUAAUGGCAAAGAAUGGUUGUUGUUUUAAUGGACAUGUGACACAGAUUUUUCUUCAUACUGUUUCUAUUUUUACCCAUGAAUGCCAUGAUUCUUUAAAAAACUGCCACUGAAGGGGCAGCAGAUUAUAAUUUUAAUUACUAUUUAUUUCAUACAGGUGAAAUCCUUCAAAACUGGACCCUCUGUAAACUGGGACUGCCUCAAAACCAGACAUUUUUCACGGUCCCUUUUUAAACAUCAGUACCGAACAUAACCUCUCUAAACUGGUUAUCCCUUAAAGCCAGACUUACUACAUGGUCAGUGGGUGUCCGGUUUAGAGAGAUUUCACUGUAUAUGGUAUUUUUCAAUUAUAAAUAAAUUAAAUACAGCUGUAAUAAUUGACAUUUUGUAGAUUUUGGACUUUGGUCUUGCACGUCAUGUGGUUGAUAACAUGACAUGGUAUGUGGCCACCCGCUGGUAUCGUGCUCCGGAAAUCUUACUUGGCAACACGGGAUAUAACUACAGUGUUGACAUUUGGUCUGUUGGAUGCAUAAUGGCUGAAAUGCUUACUGGACGGCCACUUUUUCCAGGCACAGAUCAAAUUGACCAACUUCUCAAGAUUUUUUCAUUAGUGGGCACACCUGGAGCAGUUCUCCUUGCCAAAAUACCCAGUGAACAUGCAAGGAAGUACAUUAAAUCUUUACCAAAGUGUAUGAAGAAAAACUUUGCUGAAGUUUUUAUAGGAGCCAGUCCAUCAGCCAUUGAUCUGUUGGAGAAAAUGUUGGAUUUGGAUUCCGACACACGCAUUGAUGCCACUACCGCUCUUGCUCACCCGUAUUUUAAGCAAUUAGCAGAUCCGUCCGAUGAACCCACGGCAGAGGUCUUCGAUCAGACUUUCGAAGAUCAAAAUCUGUCUAUUCCAGAAUGGAAGCGCUUGGUGUAUCAAGAAGUUCAGAGCGUGCACCCCGUCUUGAAACCAGGAUCCUGUAGGUGAACGUGUGUAUUCGGCGUAGAAUAUGUGGACUUUGUUUAGAUGAUUCAGCAGCUUAUGGGUUGUGUAGGCUUUAAAAACAACAACACUGUCACACAUAAGAGAUAUUGCCACACACUAAAGAUUGAUGCUGCAAAACCAAAAAUUGGCCUCAGAGAUUCAGGGAAUAUUAUGUAUUCAAAUCAUGAUUAGCAAUAUUUCUAGUCAAUUGAAAAUUGAUUACCAUCUACUGUUUAAUGUUUUAAAAUUGUUUAGGUAUCUCAGAAAUUUGAUGUUCCCUGGGAUUAUUAAGAAUUGACCACAAUUAUUUUUUGUUUCAGAUAAAAAUGAAUCACUGUGCACACUGUAUAACUGCAUAGUGGGUUGUACAAAAGUGUGCAUUUUUUUCAGUUCAUUCUUGCAUGAACCAAAAUAUAAUUGCUGUCAAAUCUUAUAAUUAAAUUUAUAUGCAUAAUUUAACAAUACGUGUCUAAAUUUGUUUUGUUUAGCUUUAAAUACGCCUGUAAAAUUGUUUGUGUAAACAUUCAUUCACUAUUAAUUGAAUCAGGUGAUUGCCAAAUGACAUCGUUUGGUAAAUGAUGUAAUUUUAAUAAGUCACAAGUGAUGUCAUUUUCUGCUAGUCUCAGCUUUGUGCAUUUUGACGGCUUGUUACAUUAUGUUGGAAGGGAUUUUCCUAUCUGUGUUUAGUUUAUAUUUCAUAAAUGUGAAUGAAGGGAAUGUGUCAAAUACUUACACUGUCAGGGGAACCGUUUAAUUUUUGUCAACAGCUGUAGACAAUGCUUAGAAAUAACAAUACUCAACUCGCUACUCGGCAAUGCCGUUUAUCUUGCACAAGUGAAUUGAUGUUGUUCUUCUUGUUCUUCCUGAGCCUUUGGCGAGGAAAGGACAACAUCAGUUCACAAGUGCGAGAUAAACGGUAUUGCCGAGUAGUGAGUUGGGUAUUCUGUUUAUUACGGUACCCAUUUUCAAUAUUUAUCGUUUUAUGGAAGAUAUUUAAGAGAUACUGUUGUAUCAUAGCUGUGACGUACGUAUCACUGAUGACAUAAGUUAGUUGUUGACAUGACUGCCAUCCAUGGAAACUAUUCUUACACACAAUUAACCACCUAUAGUGAAGCACUAUUUAUGAUGUCAAAACGUAUCUAGGGUGAGAAAUUAUGUUUUUCUUUCGCUAGGGAAACAUCAUUUUUCUUUCCCCAAUUCUCUCUGCCCGUAUGGGUAAUAAAUGAACUUUAUUACUUUUCUUUGGCCAACGACCGAGUCUCAUUUUAUUAUAUUUUUUUAAUUAUUUGUUUUAAAAUAUAUUUAUUGCCCCAGAUAUUUAUGUAUUGACAAUAUCAGGAUGAGUCUCAUUUUAUUAGCGAUGACAUUUUUCAUCAAUGUGUACAUCUACUCUGCUAUAGCAUUUUCCAUUGAUUUAUUGUAUAAAAAGGUAUACUAUUACGUGGUUUCUGUGUCACAGUUUUAUUGCUUUUUGUAUCUUUCACAUGCGUUUUCUUCAAAAUAUCUAAAUAUGGUUGACUGAAUAAUCCAGCUAGUUGAAGAAAAGUAGUGCAAGUAAGGCGUGUUGGAGGGGGGGUGGUGUAACCAUAGCUUAUAUUUUUUCGGUUCACUGAAAUAUGAACGCAAAAUAGGAAGCAACUCUCAACCAAUCAGAUUACUGUAAAGUGUAUCUAAACGUCAAGAAAAUUUAAUUAUUAGAAUAUGAAGAAAUAAGAAAAUGAAUUGGUUACUGCUUUAAAAGUCACUUUUAUUAGUUCAUUGGUGAGUCCGCUGUAGUGAGAAUUUUUCUAUCACUGAUCAUUAACCGAUGUUUAGGACAGACAGUCCAGAUAGCUGGGGCGAGUGUAUAUGUAAAACUCAAGUAGAUGAAAGUACAAAACUUCAUUAAAUUGAAAACAAAAACAAAAAACAGUCCGUUACUAUAGGGUACCUUAGAUAUCUACUUUAGGUUAGAAUGAUCUGAGGCCGGUUGUUCAAACAUUAGUUAGCUUAACAAGCGGUUAACAGAAAGUUUUAAACCAAGGACUGAAUCAGUACAAAUAAUAAUUGAAAACAUAAUGUGGAAACCUGAUUUAGAACAAUCAAAGGUAUCCAUACAUGAUCAUAUCUAAAGGUUUUUUUUUUUUUGUAUUUCUGCAAAAAUAAUUAAAAAGAAAUAUAACACUAACCCAGGAUUAAUUUAACUAUGCUUUGAACAACCAGGUCCAAGAAUUCAACAUGUACCUUUGGAAAUGUUGGGGAACAAUUCUAGUUGAUGAAAUACUAAAAUGUUGUUUUCUCAGGGGAUGAUUUAGUGGACUCUCCAAACCGGCAUCUGUGUAAUCCAGAUUUGUGUGUAAACAGACCUGUUAAGGGACAACAGCUUGAGUGAAAUCUGUCUAUUCUGGCAGUCUGUGUAUUCCGACAAUCUGUGUAUACUGGCAUAUUUCAUCAGUACCAUUUAUGCUGUGUUCAUUUGGUGAUCGUGAAUAUCUUGAAGUCACAAAUUCCAAAUUAUGAACAUGACUUCACCAAGUGGAAAGUGUUCAUGCAAAUCACAAAUGAUUUGUUUGUUCCGCCAUUUUUUCCACAAGUUGUGAAGAUUGAGACAUUCUACCUCAGUUCACAAGUUGUGUUCAUGGGUUAUUUCCCCAAACGCUCUGCACGACUUAUGAAUUGAGAAAUACGAUAUUUAUGACUUCUGAUAAAUGCAGUAUUAACCCUGGUUCCAAGUCUACUGUACUAAUACUCACAUUCCAGCAACUCAAAUUAGUGUGCAAUGUUAGUGUGUAGCUUAAUUUCUUCAUUGCAAUUUUUUAGUGUGUAGCUUAAUUUUUUUUUAUUGCGCUUUUUUUUUUUCGCCCAAGGAGACUUGUAGAAACUUCUACAAACAUAUUGUACAAAUAGUCAAUCUGGAAUAACACUACGGUAAUAUUAGGGUCACCAAAAUUGUUUACAAGGAGUUUGUUUUCAUACCAAACAAGUACAUUUUAUGGCCAACAUUAAAUGUUUUCAAGGUAAUAAUUGUCCAAUAGGGGUUUGCUUAUAUCCCCCUCCUAAAUCUCCCUAGUGACCACAAUAAUCAGCAUUGUUACAGCAGCAUGAGCCAGUUAGUAUUAAUGUUCAUGAUAAUGUUGGAUUAUAGAAAACAUGGAUGUUUUUGGUUGGUUGGAUUCAGAAGGGGUGGGAGUGCGAGUGGAAGGGAGUUAUAGCAGAGGAAUUUUGUUUAGUACAACAAAUUAUUAAUUUAAUUCAAUGUACUAGUAUAUUUGUGUAUAUAUGUAUUUAAGAAGAAUCUCACUACAUUAAUUUUUACCACUGUUCAACUAUAUUAUAGAUCUAAACUAUAGAUUACAGAAAUAUGUGCAUACAGAAUGCAUCUUUAUCAAAUGAAAUAAAGCUCAAUGAUGUCUUA